GUGUCCCUGGUUGAUGAAGGUAAUCUCUCCCGCUGUGCCUCUCUACAAUGGCCUGGUCUUCCUCUUCGUCUUGGCCAACUUCAGCAUGGCAACCUUCAUGGACCCUGGUAUUUACCCCCGAGGUUUGUGCUUAACUCACACACCUGUCCUGACUUUCUUCCCACAUUCAUCAUUCAAAUCUCCGAUAGCCACCUGCACUGCUGCCGAUGAAAACGAGCGUUUCCAUCCCCGCUAGUCCUUGAGGAGAAAAGUUUAUCGGGGGCCACAUUUAUCAAAGCGCUAAGCUGCGGCACACGGUGUUUCACUGCAAUGUGCUCAGAAAUGAUAAGAACCUGUCAGGAGGAGGUUAUCAUGUUUCUCUUCACAAAGGGGGAAUAAUCAGCAGGUUGUAAAGGCUGUUCCCGUCUCUUUGUGUCACAUUCUGUUGGCAGCCCAAAUUAAAUCCUAAUAAUUAAAACGCUGGCACAUAGAACUCAGAAAAAUAAAAAUAAUACAAUUUUAAAUCUAGUCUACAUUGUCAAAGUGUGUGUGAAAGCUUGAUAGUGUGUACCUCUUCCAAAUGUUCUACUUUUUUUUUUUUUUUUUUUUGCAUUUUUAUUGCCUUUGGGGGAAAAUGCAUCUUUUGGAUUGAAAAUGGUUUCCAGAACUCUUUAAAUAGCUUCAGUGUGAAAAGAUUUAUUUCUACUCUUAUUAAUUGUUCAGAUGAAGGCUGACUUUUAUCAUUUAAAUAGUCAGAACUAGUGCAGUCCGUUUCUGCUACGCCCUAUAGUGAAAAAGAAAAAGCAUUUCUGUUUAAUUCAAGAUAAAGUUUCAAGUAAAGUUGCAAUAAGAUAUAAAAUUGUGUAUAUAAAGAGGUUUAUUAGCAGUUGUUAAAGCAACAACUUUCCUCUGAUCUGGAUAAGAUGUGUGUAUGAAUUUAAUCCAUUUUUUUAUUUUAAAACCUUAAGUCUCUGCUACACUCACAGCAUCUUCCCAGCAAAAACAGCAAAGUCAGUAACCAGGCAGUAAUGGCAAGAGAGCGUUUGAAACUUUUUAUACAGAAUAGCUCAUAAAACAAAGCUCAAGUAAAAACUCUGUUUUACUUACCCAUCGGCCAGUUAUAGGAACCAAGGCAAAGCGAGGUUUUGAAAAGUUAUAGCUUCAAAAAACGCUCAAAUGUCUCCUGCUUCCACUCUUGUUGUUUUAAUGUUUUCCAUCAGACAGACACCAGAGAAAAGAUUGUUUAUUCUGCCGCUGAGUAGAGCACGUAGUUUACCGCCAUGUUCCCUCAUUCCCACCUACUGCUGGUGAGCUGCAGGUCCGGCCUACACGACGGAUAAAUCCAUCUGCUUCUACACUUUUCCUCUUCUGAAAAACGGUGAAUCACUUUGGUGAAAGUGUAACGCUGUCUCGAGGCCAGAGUUAUGAGCGAUGAGUCACAUGGCGGUAAAACGGCUAACUGCAGGCUACCUGGCUACAGCAUAGCUGAUUAACUAGUAAAUAUCUGCCUGCCGUACAUCUGUUAGAGCAGAAAUAUAUUGUUUUGCUCAAAAGGCCCUGGCAAAUCACAAAUAUAUAUUUCAAUCUGUCUUUUUUUUUUUUUUUUUUUACUAUUACACGUAGGUAAUAGUAAAAAAUUGUCUCCCGCUGGUCAUUUACUACCAACCACGCAUCAUUUCGUACACGGGGAGGAUAUUUUGUACCUUUUUUGAUAACCAGUGAUUUAGAUUUUUUUUCUUUUUCUAAUAAUUUGCUCACAGUUUGCUCUACGGUGCUGGGAAGCAUAGUUGUAUCCAGUAAACAAACUAACAGCAAGUUGCUUAGUUAUUUUAGGUAGAUCAAUGUUUCUAGAUACGAGUCAUCUGACUCAAACCAGAAUGAGACCUGCAUUAAUUUGAGAUAAGGUGUAAUAUGAAGUUUACAACAAAUAAUAUACAGUCAAAUGGCGUUUGGGAAAAUUAUCAACAUAAGUCAUGAAAAUAAAUCCUAUUUAUUGCCAACAGGUUUGUCCUCUUUGAAGAGGAUGAAUUUCCCUCAUUUCAUGUGUCAGGUGACUCAUGUUUUCCAGAGAUAAUCAAUCGGCCACCGGUUAAAAAUCCUCAAAAGUGCACAACCUAAACCACACACUGAGCCGAAUUCGUAGUUGUUAGGCUCAGACUUUACAUGUAUGUGAAUGCAGUUUAGAUCAAUUAAGACCGUUACUCGUGAUAUUUAAAAUUUUGUUAUACAAAUAUGCACACCUUGUGUAGCAGGGUGGAAAAAGCUAAACACUAUAAAAACCUAAAUGUCGUGUUUGGCUGAAUAAACGCUGAAAUGUCUUUGAAAAUGUAGUAAAUGGGUCAAUUAUUUUUGCCUAUUUGCAUUAGAAUUUGUAGCAGAGAAGCCGAGAGAGAAGAUGCUCUCUCCCUGUUCAAAUCUAUUCAAAUCGACUUGAGAGCCAUUAUAGCAAAGCUAAUGUCUUUCUGUGUUGCUGCUUAUUUCUGUGCUCUGCUUUUGUUUCGUCCCCCCCUCUCGCUUUUAUUUCACUUGCCUUGGUCCGCUUUCUGCCACAGAACCUACCUAGCUCUCCCCGCAGUUAUUACUGUACUGUGAAAUUAUUUUCUCAAGUUCAGGCUUCAGUUGAAUGUACCCUUUGAUCAGGUGAAAGACUUUCCCCCCGCCCCCCCACCAUUUUCUGCUGCAGCUACAAAAUAAACACUUUGUGCUUUCAGUCACAAGGUUAGGCUUUACAUAAACGGAAUAAAAAAAACAAAUAAAAAAUGCAAUAAUAGACAGUUGAAGGUUGCGGUUUUAGUUACCGCUCUCAGCAAAGAGUGAAACGAAUUCGCGGAGAACUCGCACGCAGAGAAAUAAAGCCAAGCUAUUCACUCUGUACAUGAGUCACAACAUUCCCAUUAAUCUGUGUUAAUGUUCGCAGCAGACUGAAUAGGUCACGUCCGCACAGAAGCGUUCGCUUCUCUCGGUGUGUUUGCUCUCGCCAGGAGCAGCCGACAGCAGGGACGAGCUUCGUUUAAAAGGUGCUUCCCCGUUGUCCCUGUCAGAUGGAUUCAUAAAUCAAAACCGUGCGUCUUUCCGUACGUCUGCGUUCGUCACACCUGACUGACGAGGAUGAGGACAAGGACGACGAUUUCCGGGCGCCGCUUUACAAAAACGUGGAGAUCAAAGGCAUUCAGGUCCGGAUGAAGUGGUGUGCCACCUGCCACUUCUACAGGCCGCCCCGCUGCUCACACUGCAGCGUCUGCGACAACUGUGUGGAGGAUUUCGACCAUCACUGUCCGUGGGUGAACAACUGCAUCGGUCGGAGGAACUACCGUUACUUCUUCCUCUUCUUGCUGUCGUUGAGCGUUCACAUGGUGGGAGUUUUCUCCUUCGGCCUCAUAUUUGUCCUCCACCACAGAGAAAAGCUGGGAGGACUCCACACCACCGUCACCAUGGUGGUGAUGUGCAUAGCGGGGCUGUUCUUCAUCCCGGUCAUGGGCCUCACGGGCUUCCACAUGGUGCUCGUAGCUCGGGGUCGAACGACUAAUGAACAGGUGACGGGCAAGUUUCGUGGGGGAGUAAAUCCAUUCACCAAGGGUUGCUGUGGCAACGUGGAGUACGUCUUAUGCAGUCCGCUGGCGCCCAGGUACGUGUUGGACCCCAGGAAGAGGCCCCACGUCAAAAUCCAGCCCCCGUUCAUACGACCGGACCUCUCUGACCGUCAGAUCACCAUCAAGGUCAGCGACAAUGGCAUGCACAGCACGAUAAUGAACUCCAAGUCCAAAAGCAGCAUCGACGGCCUGGACGGCAAAGAAACCCAGCCGCCGCUGCCCCCCAAAGCUGACAGGUACAACCAGCUGAAAGGCCAGCUGACGUCCAGCGAAGAAAGCUCUCUUUCUGGAAAAACCCACCCUUCCACACCAGCUAUGUACAGAUUCAAGCCAUCCUUUGGCACAAUGCCGAAAGUCCACUACCAAACUGCCGGAGAGAAGAUUGUUAUGCCAGAUGGUCGAAAAAAUUCAGCCAUCUUGGAAGAAGGUGUACGAUCUGACUAUCGAUCUGAGCCAAACCUGGAUCUGCCCGAGUAUGCCAACGCUCCGCUCCACCGCACUUUCCAGUCCUCACCUCACCAGCUGGAUGCUGAUCCCACCAACUCCCGCACGCUCAGCCUGAAGCAAGGUCACCGCCGGCCAGAGAAGGGCCAGUUGCAGGCGCUGCCGCCCCAGACGGUCGCUUCCACUGCGUACAAGGGUGUUUUCUCUCCGAACACUCUCUCCAACCGCAACGGGAGUCUGUCCUACGACAGCCUGCUCAACCCCAGCAUCUCUCCAGCCAGUGCCAAUGAGUGCAUGGCCCAUCCGGGUAUGCCAUCCAUGGGAUUCCAUUCACCCUACCUGCCCACCAAAAUGUGCCACAUCCGGGAAUCUGAGAUCCAUAGACAACAGGUUGCUCAAACUUACAGUCCGGUGAUGCCUCACAGAGGGUUGGGCAGACAAUCCCCUCACCUAAGGGACAGAGAGCCAUCUCCGGUGCGCUAUGAUAACCUCUCCCAAACCAUAAUGGCUUCCAUCCAGGAGAGGAAGGAGAAGGAGGAGAGGGAGAAGCGGCAGAUGCUGCAUGGACUCUCCCAGACCCAUAUCUACGCCCAGGACUCUGGCGUGUUUGACGCAGGUUAUGGCCCACCCGCCAACGCCGGCUUCCUAGAUGGACCUCGUGGGCACGGGUCUAGAGGCCCGACACCGCCAGCGUACGGUGGCUCCAGGGACAAUCUGAUGGGGGUCGGGCUGGCAAACUACGGCCAAAGAACCCCCAUAUUGCGCCACGCUGGUACCACUCUUGGCCGGGCCCCCAGAACUUCAUCCACCUCCUUACACACAGACCACAGCAGCUCUAACAGCAGCCAGGGCAGGGGCCCCAGCCACGAAGGCUCCUACCGCUCCCCCACCCACAAGCCUCGAUCCCCAGCCAUGCCCAGAUCCCCCUCCUACUCCCACCAGAAACUUUCCUACAUCAGCGCUCACGACAGGACAGACUCUCCUCGGUUAGGGGGCCAGAGAGAGGCCAUGAAAGUUAAUGGGCAGAUGGACUGCCACCUGAGCCCCAGUCGCCACGGUAACGUCAAAAAGGUAACAGGCGUCGGAGGCACCACAUACGAGAUAUCUGUGUGAGCGAGGAAAGCACCCUCAGCUUUUUCACAACAACAUCGCCGUGCAGGGGAGAAAUUGUCUUUUGUCCAGUCGGGGCUCGUUAGUACCUGGUGAUAUGAUUUAACUGUCCAAUCAAAGGAACUCAUUGUGUGAGGCGGUCAAAGCAAUACUGUAUGAAUCUGUGCCGACGGAGAACAGUAGUAGAAAAAAAAAGAGAAAACGCCUCGAGAAGUGGUGUGUGUGAGCGUGAAGGCUUUUGUCGUCAAGAAUUCUGACUCGCCAUCUUGGUCGGUGGAACAGGAAGUCCGGCAACUUGUCGUGAGGCGGCUGCUCCGGACAUCCGAACCUCGGCAAGAAGAGUCGGCGUGGCAAGAAUUUAUGGUGCUUCACUUUUUUCUCCUCCAGUACCGUUCACGUCGUCUCCGGGGUGUUCUGACGGACAUCUUAAAGGCUUUGAGAGUCAGCAAGGAAGUUUAGGAAACAUAACAGGAGUGGAAAGAGAAGGUGAAAGUUUUUCUCAUCUCGUCUGAUGGUUGCAUUCCAAAUUCAGUUGCUUUUGAUUGAAAAAAGGAAACGAUAACCUUGUGUUAAAAAUAUUUUUUCUCAGGAAUUAAUGCAACCGGCAGACAUGCUAGUUGACAUGAAUUCAUAUAAUAUGAUUGUGUUUUUUUCAUUGAUGUUUAUUGCAGAUUAUUUAGGGCUUUCUUUCCCUCUUUUACCGUCACAAGAGGGCAGUGUGGAGCUGUAUGCCCUUGUUUUUCAGAGACUGCCCUACAACACAGGAGCCGGGCUGGUAUGUUUGCAUUCUGAAAUACUAGAAUACCUCAUCACAAUAUUUCUCAUGGACUCCAGAUAAGUUCAGACUUGCACAGCCCCAGAAAAACUCAUGUUUCAUCAAAUAAAGAAAAAAUAUAUAUACAUGUGAUUUCAAAAUGAGAGUCAAAUAAGGUGUCUUUGAUACAAUUGUAGUAGGUUUUUUUCCCUUUAACAUGCCCAAUCGCUUAAAAACCAUGUUUGAUAAAUAUUUUUAUACCUAUAUUUGGUUGGAUUUUAAUGUUUAAAGUGAGGCACUCCUGGUAGGUAUGCUAAAAAAAUUAAGAAAUUAUGAAAUGAUUUCAUCUUUUGCUUGCAGUAGCAUAAUCUAAACCUGAUUUGUUUUUCUGAAAAAUUUAACCUUUAACUUGAGUAUAUGUAUUCAGUUGGGGGUAAAAAAAAAAAAUUAUCCAAAGAAAUUAAAGUUUUUAAACACGUGGCACAAUCAGUGCUACUCCUACAAAUCGCUUUAAUAGAAAAGUUUUAUUUAAACUUUGUAAAGCUGAUCAAAGUUUCUAGGAACUGCUGAGUAUUAAUACACAGCACUGAUGUCUUGGAGUAAAUUUAUGACAUUAACAGACCCAGGCUUGGUGGGGACCUACAUUUAUCUUGCCAUCCUACAGUGAGCAGGGUGAUAAGGCAGAUGGUAAAAAUAUUUCCAAAGCUCACUGUGAUGAGAAGACUGGCGUCCUGCUGCCACAAAGUCCCCAUAGCAAGUGUUAGACAGUGAAAACAGGUUGUUUGGAAGGGAUGCCAGCAGAAAUGCUUUUCUGUCGUAACAUCACAAAAGAAAAGAUGGAUUUUGCCGUCUUUCUGGAAGAAUAGCUGGAAAGUGAGAUGAGACUAAGAUUGAGCUUUCCAGCAAUACCUCAGGUAGGUUUGGUGUGUAAUAAAGAAUGAAUAUGAGGAAUAGCAACUUAUACCCACUAAAACACGGUGCAGGAUCUGUGAUGGUGCGGGGCCUUUUUCUCUUCUGGAAUGCUUUUUGGAACUUAUCUUGGUAUUUUGUUUUGCCUUACAUACCAGGACUUUUUAAAUAAAAUGUGCAAACGUUGUUGUUCUGUAAAAGGCAAAGUACUAAUAGCAGGAGUACCAAUAAAUAUGCCACUUUAUGAUUUUCUUUAAUACAUGUUUUUUUUUCAUCUGGAUAAAUAUACUAAAAAAAAUUACUGACAGAUUAUGCUACUGUAGCAUAAGAUCCAAUUUAUUUUAAGGUUUGUUUUUAACACAUCUUUACCAGAGUUGCCAGUAAAUGUGUCCAGGUAUGUAAAUAUAACAUUGCCAUGAAUUCACUAGAUGAAUCAGAUCAUGGAUAAUAGGUAAAUUGAAAUUUUGCUUGUUUUAUGUUGCUGUGCAAGACUAAGUCUAUGGUAAAUCGUGACGGAUAGAUUUGUGUUUUGGAAGUUAACGUUAAAGUGACAUGACUAGUGAGCAGUCACAUGGUCCUUAUGGUCAAACAUUACAGAUCAAGGAAUGUGCAUGUCAUUAAAGCUGCCUUGAGUUAUCAAUGCCAAACGUGGCCAUACUUCUCGGAACACAGCAAACGGGUGACAUCUGCGCUUAAGUAGGGUGGAAAUAAUCGGACUACUUGCAGACGCUGUCUGGUACAGCGUAUCGACGUUUUUCUUUGCUGUUGAGAUGUAAAAUCCUGGAGGCAGAAAUUAAUACAAGCUACGUGUCAGAUUUGUUUGCGCUACAAGAAAAGCCACCGUUGCCUUUUUUUUUAGUGAAGAAACCGUUUCCUACACAGCUAAGUGUGUCUGAAACACUGCUGAGAGACAAUGAAAUGCAAUCUGUUAAUCGGAUUGAGUAGAAAGUGACUCUGGAGAGCAAUUUGGGCUGGGUGAACCUUUUAAACUGCAAAAGAAAAAAAACCCAAACAAACAAACAAAAAAAAAAAACAGGGCGACUCGAACGUGCAAGUUAGGAAACCCCAGUUCCUCUCAUCUGGUUGGUUUAAAUUUCUCUGAAGUUCAAAGCAGAAAAACCAGAGGCUUUUGCUAAGGUUGAACCUUUACUAACAGUCUGACCAACAUGGUUGCUCUUUAAGGUCUCACCCAGCUGCCUUAAACAAAACGCUCUUGUGAGGCUGUGGUCAACAAGGCUAUUUUGGCAAAUGCGAUGGUUGGGUGAACCAAUAAAACAUAACGGUUGUUUUGUUUACUUAACUCCUGUUUGUAAUGACUUUCAAACCCCUGUCUGGCCAUGUCUCCAAAUGCAAACAACCAUCAUUCCACCUUAAGGUGACUGCCAACGUUCCUUUCCUAUGAUGGACAUCACUGCAGGUCAGGGCCCCAUUCCUGACGGUCGACAAUGACCAACCAUUUUGUUUCAAAGACAUGUAUGUAUAAUAGAGAAUACACAAUAGCUGUAUAUGUGUUCCUAUUUUUGUGAAGAGGAAAUAUUCCCAAUGACCCAAAAGAAUAAAAGUUCCAACUCUGA